GUCGCCCCUGACGUUUAUGCACUUAUUCACAGCUUAUCAGUCGUCAUGAGUGUUGUAUGUCAGAAACAUAGAAGACUGAAGUUACUAAAAUGCAUAUGUGGUUUUGGUUUGAUGUAAAUCUAGGCAGUUUUCUCUUCCCAGGAUAUAAUGUAACCACAUUAUGGGGUCUUGUAGCAACAUGUUUAGGCCUAGCAGCUCUUGCUGUGUUAUAUGAGGGCAUGAAGGUCAACCAUAUUUAUUUACAACAGAUUACAAUUACUUCUGUACCUAGAACAAACUCAUCUUCCUCCGAAAACUUGUCUCUUUUAUCCAAAAUGACACCAAAAAAAUUUAGGAGUUACACAAGAUGUAGAAGUUGCUUUAAAUGGACAUUGGAAGUGUUGCACUGGUCUCUUCAUACUACACUUGGUUAUAUUCUAAUGCUGGCAGUUAUGACAUACAAUGCAUAUAUCACUAUUGCUAUUGUAAUUGGAGGAUGUUUAGGAUACUGGAUAUUUGGUCUUACUCUGGUGCAAUUGAACAUGCAACGAUUUCGUCACAAACCAGAAGUGGAAUGUGAUAAAAACUGUGAUGAUAUUUCUACAAACCAACAGAGACGUGCAUCAAUUGUUUCUGUUGUUGCAGAACAAUUAGUCACUGAGGCAACCAUUGAAUUUCACUCACAAAACAAUGCCUAAGGUUACCAAAUACAGCAAAAAGUCUGAUAUUAUCUAGAAUAAUUGUUGCUGUUAUUGUGACACUGUCACAUUAUAUAUUUACAUAUUUAUAUACAUUUUUAUAUCGAUAUUUUAUUUUAAUCAACACAAACUAAGAU